GGUUGACGAUGGUCGCAUUGACAUUUGCGAUCCUCAAGUUAGUCACACAUAACGUCACUGAUAAACUUCGAUGAUUCUUGCUCCCCGUGAUACUAAUCGGCUUUGUUUGUCUCAGCACUUGGAUUGCUCUCGCUGGCUCGAUUGGCCUCGUACUUCCCUCAGGCGGCUCCGUUUCCUUCCUGUAUGGUUUCAUCUUCUGCGUUUUGUGCAAUUUCGCACUGGCAGCUAGUCUCGGGGAGCUUGCCGCUAUAUGGCCGACGGCGGGAGGGCAGUAUCACUUUGUAUACGCUCUGUGUACAGAGAAAUGGAGGAAAUCCAUGAGCUUUUGGGUCGGAUGGACCAACAUUGCCGGCUGGCUCACGCUGGUGACAACGGAGGGGUUCUUCUGUGCGCAGUUUAUACAAGCAGCAGCCGUCAUCGCAUCAGGAGGAACAUAUCAGAUCAAGCAGUGGGCGACGUAUCUCAUUUUCCUUGCCGUCCUCACCUUCACGACUGGGGCGAAUAUCUGGGGAAAUAGGAUCCUAGGCCGUUGGAAUGAUGCCGCUCUAUACUGGUCCUUACUAGCUGUCGUUGUCAUUAGCAUCGUCCUCUUGGCAACGUCAGACAAGAACGACGCCCGCUUCGUAUUCACGAGUUUUCAGAAUGAGACAGGCUGGUCGGAUGGGUUGGCUUGGAUCUUGGGAUUGCUACAAUCCGCGCUGUCUCUUAUCGGAUUCGACGCCGUCCUCCACAUGACGGAAGAGAUGCCCAACCCAGCAAUUGAUGCCCCCCGAGCAAUGAUCUAUGCCAUAGCCGUGGGCGGGGUGACCGGAACUGCCUUCAUCCUGGCCAUCCUCUUCUGCAUCACGGAUCCCGAGACCGUGCUGAGUACGGCGACGAACAUGCCAAUUGCCGAGCUCAUCUUUCAGGCGACUGGUAGCCGUGCUGGUGCGACGGUGUUAACGCUUGCGCUCGCGGUUUGCUUUGUUAAUGGUACCAAUGGGUGCAUUACAAGCACUAGCAGACUAUUGUACGCAAUGGCUAGAGAUAAAGGGGUUGUGUACCACAGCUAUUUCGCACAUAUCACACCUGGUCUCGAUGUGCCAGUUCGAACAAUAAUGCUCACAUUCGUGUUCAAUGCGCUCUUCGGACUACUCUACCUGGGGCCGUCGGUCGCGUUUGGUGCCUAUGUCUCCAGCUGCACAAUCUUCCUCAACGUGUCCUACGUAUUCCCCGUAGUGGUAUUGCUAAUCCGCGGCCGCGGCGUCCUCAAACAGUGGCAGUCGGAGCAUACAUAUUUCGCACUCGGUAAAGGUGGCUGGGUUAUUAACUGGGUCGCAUCUAUCUUCGUCAUUGUUACGUCUGUCUUCUUUACAUUCCCCGGGACGCUUCCUGUGUCAAGCAAUAAUAUGAAUUAUGUUACUGCCGUGAUAGGUAUCUUCCUUGUUCUGAUCGGAGGCUAUUGGAUUGCGUACGGCAAGACAUUCGAAGGACCGGUGAGCAGCCAUGAAAACUAUUGAUGUCUUGGUCGCACGCACUAACGAUGGUAUCAAUUAUAGAAAUUUGACGUGAUUAUGGGCCAUUCCUAUAUGGAUGAAGCUGCACCCAUCCCGGGGAAUGAUGGCUCUUCUAUGGGCUCUGGCGAGAAAGCUCAUAAAGCCGUGUAACAACGGCGCCGAGAGAAACUUUUUCUUACUACACCAUCCCGCUAGAUUCGGUCAUCGUGCCUCCCUCCGCUGGUGCUUGGGCUGCCUUCUCCAACGCCAGCUCUAGUACACCAAUCCUACACGGAAAGUUCUUGUUUAGAUUAUCAUGUUGUUUUGAUUGGCGUUCAUACCGGAAAACACGAUGCUGUGGGAUCUCGCGGCCCCUUUAAUUCAUUCAGACUGGAGGUAAUCACAGGAAGCGAUGGAGUCAACUUGAAAGAAUCCUUUCGCUCAUCGCUUAAAUAUCUCGUUCUCAAAUACGAUAGGUAGGGGUAGAUUGUAUUGCGCUCAUAGAAUAAUAGAGAAAUAUCUAAUUUAUUUUUUUAUCUAUA